AUGCCCUCAAAAGAGAUUGUCGUGAAAAUCGAGGAGCCUGACACUUAUGAAGAAAACUGUAAGGAUGUCGUGAAAAAAGAAGAGCCUGACUCUUUUGAAGAAUGUCGCAUGGAUAUUGUUAAAUGUGAAGAGCCUUUUGGCAGGGAUUGCGAGAGUAUUAUAAAGGCUGAAAACCUUGACUCUUUCGAAGAUAGUGGCGAUAUUGUGAAGACAGAACAGCCUGAAUCUUCUGAAGAGAACUGCAAUAUUAUAAAGAUAGAGAAGUCUGAUACUUCUGACAAAAGCUGUGAGGAAAACUUGGUACCAACUUCGGACGAGGACAUCGAUGCAGCUGUGGCUGCAAUUCAUGAAGUACGUCAUUUAACAGAUACCCUCUAUCUAAAACUCUUAUUCUUCAUUACUCUGAUGGAUAGAGAUUGGUUGUUGUUGUAG